AUGUUGGAUGCAUCCGCUGGAGGAGCUCUAGUGGACAAGACACCUAGGGAUGCAAAAACUCUCAUUGCUAAUCGAGCACUCAAUGCACAAGAAUAUGAAGGUGUUGGGCAAAGAGACACCCCACGGCCACAUCAUGUAAUUGAGGUAAGCUCUAUCUUUGAGUUACAAUCCCAAAUGGCUAACCUUACGUCUAUGUUAUCGCAGUUUGUUGAAGGCCCCAAAGCACAAGGAACUACAAUCUGCGGUGUAUGCUCCAUUCAAGGACACCAAUCUGAUCAAUGCCCUCAAUUAAUUGAGAAUGGAGGGUGGGAAUCUGCAAAUGCUGUGGGUUAUGGAAAUCAAAACCAACCAAGGGGUGAUCUUUUCUCCAAUACAUACAAUCCGGGAUGGCGUGACCACCCCAAUUUCAGAUGGAGAGAUGCACCACAAUAUGGCCAACAAAGUGGAUUCCGACAACCCCCGGAUUUCCUUCCAAGGCCAAUGGCACAACAACCACCUCCUCAAGCACAAUCAUCCCAAACCAACCCAGGUACGUCUAUGAAUGAUGAUAAAACAUAUCAGUUACUAACCACACUGGCGCAGGGAAUGCAGAACCAAGCAAAGGAGGUUAAUGAGCUAAAAAAGCAAAUGGGCCAAAUGGCCAAAUGUUUGGGACAAUUUCAUGAAAAUGGUAAGUUACCAAGCACUACAGUGGUCCAUCCAAAGGGUGGUUUCGAAUCUGCACAAGCUAUCACACUAAGAAGUGGAAAAGAAGUGAGAAACAAGGAAGAUGAAAAGAUACAAAUCGAAGAAGAGGAGCAAACUUACCCCACGGCAAGGGUAGCACCAACCAUGCCGCAGCUAUCUAAGAUCUCCCAUCCGUCCACCUCAGGUAAGAUUGUCCCAAAUGUUGUGAUUUCGAACACUAAUCUGCCCAAUGUUCCUUUCCCUCGCAGACUUGCACAAUCGAAGAAGGAAGAAAGCGAAAAGGACAUUUUGGAUACCUUUUGA